AUGUCGCAACUAAAUCUUCAAAACUUAACUUCUUUGACAAAACUGGAUUUUGCCAAUAACCGUUUGUAUAAGAUUGAUCCAUUAGCUUUCAUAAAUGCUGAAAAUUUGAAAGUAAUCUAUAUUAAUAAUAAUAAGCUACAGGAAUUAAGAUUUCUCCAAACGAUUCCAAGUCUGGAAGAAGUAUAUCUUGAAAAUGUCGGAUUAACAUCGUUAAGCCAGAUCAAUAUGACCAAACUUGAUAAAUUAACUAAGCUAAUUAUUCGAAAUAAUAAAAUAUUGAAACUUGAAAAUGAAUCCUUUGAAGGUUUGACUGCGUUACAGUUAUUGGAUUUAUCAAAAAAUAUGAUCUCUCAUUUAUCCAGCAAAGUUUUUUCAUUAGCUCAAAAUUUAUUUAAAAUAAGUUUUCAGUCAAAUAAAAUAAGCAAAGUUAUAGAUACAAAGUGUCCCGGCGAUUAUACCAGAAUAGAAGGAAUAAAUUUAAAUAAUAACAGACUUGAUGAUGGAUUUGCUGCUUUACUUAAAAGAACAGCUGUUUUGAAAUUUCUAUCGGAAUUGUAA